AUGGCUAGUAGUAGUAGUGGAGGUGAAGAUCAUCAUAACAUGUUCCUUAGCCUUCAACAAAUUGAUGAAGAUAAAACAAAUCAUGCAUCCGACAAGACAAUGAAUGUCGUCAGCACAUCUACUAAUUCUACCAAUAAUAAUGAACCAACUGUGAUUGAGUAUUCACCCAUAUCAUGUGACGGUUGCCGAGUCAAUCACAGAAGAUGUGAUAGAACGAAACCAUCAUGUCAUGGUUGUAGUUUGAGAGGAAUGACAUGUAAAUAUUCAACUAAUUACAAAAGAAGAGCGAAACCAGUCAUUAAUAAUAGUAUUAAACACGAAGAUGUUACAAUAUUGGAUUAUUACUUUAGUGGAUUUAAAAUAAUGGAGAGGAAGGAGUUGGAACAAUUCUUGAUUUCUCAUUACAAAUCCAAUAAUUCAUCAAGUUAUAAUAAGGAAAUGAAUGAAAUGGCUGCUUUAUAUUAUUCAAUCAAAGCUUCAUGUGAAUGUCAAAUGGGAAAUAUUGAAAAAUCAGAAAAAUCAGCCAAACAAGCUAAGGAUUAUCUUUCAAAAGUGUUCGAUUCUCAUUCGAGUACUAGAGUAGCCAUUACUUAUUUGAAUAUGUGUUUUUAUGAAUGGUGGUUUGAAAGAUUGGACGUUUCCAAAUUCUACUUUCAAAUUUUAUUGUUUUACAAACAAAAUUUAAUUGUAGAAAAUUGCACCACAACAAAACUUCUCAUUUCGCUUAUCCAAAUAUUAGAAUGUGCGAUAUUCAAUGUAGAGAAGAGUAUGGAUUUGUAUCCACUUUCAUUUGAAAGAUUUCUUGAAAUACUACCAGAUACGUUUACUUAUUUCAUGGAUGAUUGUAAAGAUGAAUACAAUGAUUGUUAUCAAAUUUUGAAACAUCCACAUUUGAUAGAUUCUUCUAAUUGCAUGGAAUUGAAUACAUUUGUUCAAACACUAAUUUCAGAAUGUAAGAAUUAUGAAGAUGAAACUUUUGGAAAAUCAGAUACAAUUACAAUGUAUUAUGAAAUAAUCAAAAAUGGAACUACUUUAGGAAUAUUAUCAAAAUAUGCAACAGUAACACCAAUGGUGGAGUUUACUCUUGAUAGAUGUGCCAAAUCCAUUGUUAAAUUAAUUAGUAAUCCUAAUGUGAUAAUUCUUCCAAUAGAAAUUCUAACUCAUGUUUCAGUUGCCGCAGAGUAUCAUUACAAAAAAACUCAGCAACAACAACCUAGUGGAAUAGUUUUUCCUAAAGAUUCAAGAGUUUCUAACUAUGUGGAAAUGCUAAAGAUUGAAUUGAAAACUUACAAAUUAUUUGCAUCACGAUACAAGAUUGUAAAACGUUAUUAUUAUGAAGGAAUUUUCAAAACCAUUGAUGAAUAUUUACUUCACCAAUCUCAAAACAUUUGA